UCAAAUUUAAUGUGUUUUAUAUUUUCGAUGUAACUUUCUGCUUCCUGUGUUAUCUAACAUUCGUAAAUAUUAAAAAAAACAUCUUUAAGGUAGCCAAAAAAUUUACAGAAUACAGAUGUACUGGUGAUGAGUGUGUAACUUUAGCUUCACAAUGUCUAGUUGUGAAGUGGAUUUAUUUCGUGAUACAUGGGUUCGAUACUUAGGGUAUGCCAAUGAAGUCGGUGAAUCGUUUCGGUCACUUGUACCCGUCAAAGUUGUAAGGGCUAGCUAUGCUGUUGCAUUUGCCUACGCCUUUGCUGACACUGCGGAUAAAGGAUGGAAGAUGUAUCAGAAUGAUGGUAGGCCAAAGAAGGUGCUAAUUGAAACAGGUGAUGCUCUGAUUUGGCAGACUUUGGCUUCAGUAGUUAUUCCAGGCUUUACAAUUAACAGGAUUUGUGCAUACACCAACAAUUAUUUACAGAAGAAUGCUAAGCGCCUACCACCAACUCCAAGAAGUUUGGUCACAGUAGCCGUUGGUCUGGCCUCAAUACCUUUUAUUGUACAUCCAAUUGACAAUGGUGUGACGCUACUCAUGAAUCUCACUUACAGACGAUGGAUCCAUUGAAAAAGUUUUACUUUUAAUUUUUUAACUGUUAAAAAGUGAAUGCUUUAAAUUUAAAUUUAAAUUGGAAAUUCUAGUAAUUUAAAACAUUAGUAUCAUUGCGGGUAUACAAUAUCCUGUAUUUUCUGCAUUUUGUUUGCAAUACAGCGCACAUAAUUUGUCAAUUAUCGUUGUUUAAUAUCGUUACAAAUGUGGAUUGCGUAUAACUAAAUAGAGAAAAGUCGUUUAAAGAAUUGUGAAAAUUCGCUAGGUUUUAGCUCUGACAUAUGGCUUACGCAAGAGGUAUGAAAAUGGUUAAAUAAAAUUUGCUGUAGAUGAAAAUUUCUUUAGUGUGCAAUUGUGUUUUAAGUGCCUUUUUUGUAUUUUUGGAUCAUAUUCACAAAUUAUGUUUUGUAAUUAUAUAUAGUUACUUUAGUAUACACAUACUUCAAAAUCUUUAAUAAUUGAAAAUGAUAUAUAGUGUAAUUUUAAAUGAAAAAAAAUAUUCCAUUGAGUAUCACAUGUUGAGUAACAAACAAAUAUAAUUAGCGUUGUUAGUGAGCGAUUCACUAUUUGUCAUAUGACCAAAUUAACGCUGACACGUUAGAUUUAUUUUUAUACUGUUUGAACUGAUUUUAAUAAAAACCGCUUUGUUCCGAUGAUUGUAUACGCCCCUUGUAACGUAGUGUCGUAGUCACGGCAACGCCAUCUGUUGGUUAGCGGCGGCAACUCGAAGUCUUUACUCUCAAAAAAAUAACCAUAUGAUUUGUAUGUCACUGUAUGUUUACGCAACAAGAAAUUAUUAUUGCGUUAAACCAAACAAUAAUGUUGCCUGAAUCUGCCGCAACGCCGCGCCACUAGAGUUAUACAAGAGGCGUUUAGUGAGGAAUAUUGUUCGUAUAGUUCGUUUUCAUUAAUUUCAAAGUAAUGCAAUCAAAUUUACUCUUAUAGUACAAAUGCAAAAUGUGUCUAAAAUCUACAGUUUA